AUGUCAGGUGUGAUGGGAGAGGACAGUCUGGUCCCCAGAGCGCGCAGCAGGCUGCCGGUGGUGUGUACUGGUGGACUGGGGCUUCUUACUCUGCUGUUUGCUUGGCUGCUGGACUCUGACAAGUUCAUUGAGAGAACUGGAAUGAUCGCUUUUUGCAUCACAGUAGAAAGGUUUAUUCACAGUAUGUGCUUGUUUGCAGAGGAGGGGCUCUUCCACUCAAAGCAAAGGUAUCGUGGCAGAAUAAAUGAGAUCUUUCAGACUUGCUUUAGAGGGCAUGUCAUUUUAGGAAUGUGUGCAAUAUUCCUGAUGCUAAAGUUGCAGUGGAGUUUCUCUGAAGAGCAGUGGAGUACCAUGGCCCUCAUGUGCGCAGUUUACCUGCUACUCAAAUGCUUGGGGGUUCUGGGCCCUUGUCCAGUUGAGAUCUCAGAAAUCUGUGAAAUGAAGAAGAUGAAUGUGGCACAUGGUUUGGCCUGGUCUUUCUAUAUCGGCUACCUCAAAUUUGUCCUUCCAGGUACAUUCCUUAGCCCUCUACAUUGUGAGACGAUACUUGAACUGCUCUUAGUGAGAAGAUUGAUACUUCUACCACUCAACGCAAAAGUUCCAUUCAAACCUGAAGAGGAGGACACUAAUGUAGUCUUCCAAGAAAACCUUCCAGAACUGGAGCGUGACACAGCAGGGGUGCGGAAACGCAGCUACAAGAACAGUGUCUACAAGAUCAUCCAGAAUAAUGAGGCAUUUAGCUGUGUUCUGGAAUAUGCCACACCACUGCUGACACUGUAUCAGAUGUCCCAUGAGAGCAGUGCAGGGUUUGGAGAGAGAGAACGAAAACAGCAGGUCCUGUUGUUCUACAGAACCCUCAGCCAAAUUCUGGAAAAUUCUCUAGAGUGCCGGAACCGUUACCGGCUCGUCCUGCUCAAUGAUGAGCACACAGGUGACCCUCAUUACCUCUCCAGAGAGAUCAUCCAGCACCUGAAACAGCAGGAUGGAGAGAUUCACAUGGAUCACAUCCAAGAGCCACCGAAUGAAGUCCAGCCUGUUCCAGAAGAGGGUCCGAUUGGGAAUAUUAAUGGUGCACUGCGUGCCAAUUUCCCAGAAGACCCAGUGAGCAGCAACCCAACCCUCAUGUUCAGCCAACCACAAUCUUUAAGAUCUGAACCAGUGGAGACCACUGAUCAUUUUAACCAACCUAAUGCAAGGAGAUGGGAUUGA